AUGGCUCCGGCCAAAGCGGCACCGUUCCUCAAGAAGUGGCUGGACGAUUACUCGUGGCUCGUGUACGACAAGAGCAAGGACGCCGCGUUCUGCACCAUUUGCCAACUCGCCAAUGCCAACACCAUGUUUGGAAGAUCCGGCUACGUUGGCGGUCCAACGAAGCGUUUCCUGUACAGCACCAUCAAGGCCCACAGCAUUGCCGAAGGUCACACCGAUUCCGUGAAGCUGGUUUCACAAGCCGCGGCUUUCCGGCUUGCCCACGAGCACGGCCAGCGGGCCGAGAAGCGCAAGAUGGAGACGGCGACGAGCACCAACAACCAGGAAGCCGCGUAUACGGAGAGGUACGCACACGCGCUCCGGUGUGCGUACUUCCUCGCCAAGCAUCGUCUGCCGUACCGACUGAUGGCAGCCAUCGCCGAGCUCGUGAGUGACACCGUCGACUUGUACACCGGCGGCGACGGCUUUGCCACCUCGAGCGGCGCGUUCAAGACGUACAGCGACGACAAGAGACCACCUCCUAACCUCGUGAAGACGGACAACCGUACAUCCCUCUCGGCAAGCCACCUUCAAGACCUCAUGUGGAUUGCCGCCAAGGAGCAGGCGAACGCGAAAAGACGUCAGGUUUAA